AUGUCUUUCACGUCAUUUUAUGCCAAAACAUCAUUCUCUGAUAGCUGUCUGGGGAAAACAAUGAUAUCUAGUCGCAACUCCUGUGCUCUUUUGAUCAACCGGUGUAAUUCGCUGAGAUUUUUCCGCAAAGAGCUUCAAAUCCUCUGCUAUGGAACAACGCCUGAAAAUCUUUCCACGAAACUAACACGAAUCGAACACGAACUAUUACCGAUGAAGAUCCUUGAUUCUACCGCAAUCUCCAACAGGCUACUCAGCCCACCCAAUUUCAACCGACAGGACUCCUUCUCGGAACAUCCCACCAAGCCGUUGACUCCUGAGCGGUUCCAGGAUAUACUUUCUGAAAUAGACACUUUCAUCUUCGACGCCGAUGGAGUGCUUUGGCUUGGUGAAGAUGCGAUCCCUGGUUCACCUCGGCUCAUUGAUUAUCUCAUAAAGAAGGAUAAGCAAGUGAUUGUCUUAACGAAUAACGCCACAAAGUCGCGAGCUGUGUACGCCAAGAAACUUGCCAGACUUGGGUUCAACAAGAAAUUGGACAAGGACUCUCUUGUGAAUCCUGCGGCCGUUGUAGCAGACACUCUCUACAGAGCCGGUUUAUCGAAUGGUCGAAAGAAGGUCUACCUGAUAGGUGCUCAAGGAGUACGGGAUGAAAUGGAUGAUCUCGGUGUCCAGUAUUUUGGACACGGUCCAGAGCCGCAAGACAAUUCAGAUGGAAGUGCUUUCAUGUUCGAUAUCGAACUGGAGGAGGAGCCUUCAAAUGUCGGAGCCGUCGUUGUUGGUUACGAAAAACACUUCAACUAUCACAAACUGAUGAAAGCAGCCAAUUACCUCCAACAGCCUCACUGUCUUUUCGUGGCUACAAACGAGGACGAGACAUGUCCAGGCCCCAACCCCCAUAUUAUAACUCCUGAUGCUGGACCACUCGUGGCAGCUGUUCGUUGUGCUUCUGGUCGGGAGCCAAUCACAGUCGGGAAACCGAACACCCCUGCAUUCGACUUUAUCCGACGAAGGUGGAACAUUGAUCCUGAACGAACUAUGAUGGUCGGGGAUCGGACGAACACUGACGUGAAGUUUGGUCGUGAUCACGGACUAAAGACACUCCUUGUGCUGUCCGGUUGUCAUCAACUCGAGGAUGUCAUGGAUAAUCGCAUGAAUGAUCGUUUUGAUAUGGUUCCUGAUUACUAUACCACGUGUUUAGGAGCCCUUGUUGUUUCGCGGGGACAAGCUUAG